AUGAGUGGAAAAGGUCGAGGAGGUGGUUCGUCAAACACAAUGCGAAGUGUUGCCAACGCGUUGGGAAUUGCACGAUAUGACAUGGCUAAAAUGAUGUCCCAACAGAAAAUUGAGCCGCCAGCGUUGUAUCCGAAAGUGCGACGAGAGCCAGUUCCUCUUGAAAUGACUACCGAUAUGCUUUAUGUGUCUCGACUCAAAGUUGAACUUGAUCAGCGAAUGCGAGAUUCUCAGUUUUUCAUCGAGGCAGAAAAAGAAGACGAAAUUAAACGGUACUUGGAUAAGUACUCACUCAUUAAACGGGAAAAACUUGAUAUCGAUAUGUCACAAAUGCCUUCUGAGCUUGUCUGGAGGCGAUCGAGCAAUAAGUUAUCGAAAGAUUCCGGAGCAAAGAAACGCAAACUUGCCAAUGAUGACUCGUUGAUUGCAGAAAAACUUAACAAGUUGGAAGAAAAAGAAGGGCAUAAUAAGGAAGAGGAUGAUGACGAUAAACCAGAUAAUGAUAACGAUUCCGGGAGUGAAAAAUCUGCAGCUGAAGAAGAAGAGAAUCCCCUAUCGGACGAUGAUAAUCAAGAAGAAGACAACGACUACAUCUCGAACUAUUUCGAUAACGGCGAAGGAUAUGGCGAUGGUGGCAGUGAUGACAACAUGGAUGGGGAUGAAUACUAA